UGCUCUAAUAAAAGGAGAUAAGCACAUAUCUUCGCAAACAUAAAAGAGAACAUAGAUCUGUUCACAAACAUAAAAAGAGAGAUGUUGAGAGAAAUUAUUAUUUCCUGGAAAUCUUCUUUUGUUGGGUACAAUCCCGCUCUUCGUCAUGCCCACGAGGUUCUUAAACGUUAUCCUGAAGCCCGAACCGUGAUUGUUUCAUCAGCAAGUAUUUCUCGGAGAUUGCUAGUAGUCUGGUGGAUUGUUUCUAUCCCCACAUUACUGGUCACAACAACUAUACUCCAAUGCGGAAAUAAUAUUGUUGAUAAAGACGACGAAUUUUGGGAACGCUUAAGCUCCUUGGAAAACCAUACUGUUGGUGGCGAGUCGGUGUCAAGAGGCGAGAAAGAAUUUAAGAAGAAUCAAUAGUUUGUCAAUUUAUCUCAGCAGCUCGCUGUUCAUUGUUUAGAAAUUUAUGAUAAGGGUGUGUGUAUCUAAUUUGUUUGAUGCCACAAAUUGUACAUGAAUUUUUUAGUUUUGGAAGUUAAUGUUUUCGUUAAAAUGAAAUAUUGCAGUACCAUCAAAGAAUUUAACGUUUUUGUUAGAAUCAGGCCAAUUAAAAUAACAUUGUACAUGGUUGAAAUCCUCAAGAAAAUUGGUUAGGUAACAAGUGCAGACAUGAACCACAAGAUAAUUAGUUAUCAAAAGUGUCUUGGAAUAUAAGCAGUUGAAUUCCCCAAAACUGAAGCUACCAUUGUUAAUGUAAUAAUGAGGCAGGGGAUGAUACAGUCAAAGCUACUAUGAAGCCUGAAGGUAUGAACCUCGGUUGCAAGAUACUUUGGUUCUCGGUUAUGGCUUAUAGUUUCUUAUCACUUACUUUAUUCAUUAUUCUUUUUUGCUCUGCUUUAAAUUCUUCAUUAUAUAACUUUAAAGUUUCAAUAAUUGCAUAUUGUUAUGCUUUUGUGGUGUAUUUUUAUUGUUGGAUUUGGUUCAUUUAUCACUGUGUUCAAAAAGUUUUCUGCGGGAUGCUAGAGCAAAUAAGGUACAUAUAACACUGUUACCUCGAGUCUUUAAAUUGAGUUUA